UCCGGCCGCUCCGCCCCCGGUCCCGGCCCCGGUCCGCCCCGUCCGGUGGGGCGACUAGCCGCAUGGAGGCCGGUUGAGGAGCGCCGCCCCGCCUCGGCUUCACUCAUCGGUGCCAGGAGCCGCCACCCAGCCAUGGAGGGGGAGGAGGAGCAGGGCCAGCCACCUCAGGAGGCCGACAUGGAACCUGUUGUGGGGGCUUCAGAGGUGGUGCCCAGGGUGCUUUCUGGAGAAUCCCAGAACCUGUCCGACGCGGACGCGCUGACCCUGCUCCUGGAGAUGAAGCUGAGGAGGCGACGAGAGCGGCCCAGCCUGCCGCGCACAGUGACCGAGCUGGUGGCUGAGGACGGGAGCCGGGUGUACGUGGUGGGCACCGCCCACUUCAGUGACGACAGCAAGAAGGACGUGGUGAAGACCAUCCGGGAGGUGCAGCCCGACGUGGUGGUGGUGGAGCUCUGCCAAUACCGUGUGUCCAUGCUGAAGAUGGACGAGAGCACGCUGCUGCAGGAGGCCAAGGAGCUCAGCCUGGAGAAGCUGCAGCAAGCCGUGAGGCAGAACGGCGUCAUGUCCGGACUCAUGCAGAUGUUGCUGCUGAAAGUGUCGGCCCACAUCACCGAGCAGCUGGGCAUGGCUCCUGGUGGCGAGUUCAGGGAGGCCUUCAAGGAGGCCAGCAAGGUGCCUUUCUGCAAGUUCCACCUGGGCGACCGGCCCAUCCCCGUCACCUUCAAGAGGGCCAUCGCGGCGCUGUCCUUCUGGCAGAAAGUGAAGCUGGCCUGGGGCCUGUGCUUCCUGUCAGACCCCAUCAGCAAGGAUGACGUGGAGCGCUGCAAGCAGAAGGACCUGCUGGAGCAGAUGAUGGCGGAGAUGAUCGGCGAGUUUCCCGACCUGCACCGCACCAUCGUCUCAGAGCGUGACGUCUACCUGACCUACAUGCUGAGGCAGGCCGCCCGGCGCCUCGAGCUGCCGCGCUCCUCCGAUGCUGAGCCCAGGAAGUGCGUCCCCUCCGUCGUGGUGGGUGUCGUGGGCAUGGGCCACGUCCCGGGCAUCGAGAAGAACUGGACCACAGACCUCAACAUCCAGGAGAUCAUGACCGUGCCCCCGCCGUCCAUCCCCGGCAGAGUGUCCCGGCUGGCCGUGAAGGCUGCCUUCUUGGGCCUGCUGGGCUACGGCCUCUACUGGAUGGGACGCCGCGCCACCAGCCUGGUCCUGUCACUGCCUGUCACUCAGUACUGUCUGCAGAGGGCAUCCACGGCCCGGCCGCACAAAUAGGAAGGACGAGC